GAUAAGGACGAUUUCAUUAUUGCUAUCGUCAACCUUGCUCUAUUUCCUGCUCAUCUGAGGGAGGUCUCUGGCUUGCCUCCGCUACCCGAGAAUCGACGAAUAGCGCGGCUCAAUUGGUCUCGAGCACUAUGGGCGAAAAUCAUUACGGAACUUGGACCUGCGAGGAUGGAGGACUUCCAAAAACCUGGGAAGAGAUGAUGGAAUGGGAGCGCCAGUUCAAUGCACGGCCACAUGAGCCUAUCGAUGAAGGCCAUCGAGCGGCUGAAGCGCUCAUCGACCACUCUUGUUGGCAGUGGUUUCCAAAGCCACUACGAUCUAUCGGCAGGGAGUUUAUUUUGUUGAUCCUCCCCGAUUCCUCAAUCCGAAAACAUCGGCUAGGAGAACGGAAGCCCUGGUUGGAUUCGUGCAUCUACUACGGUUUCCGUCUCAUGCUCCUUCUCCAAUCUUUGGCGCCGGAUCCACGCAUCGGGCUGAUCGAUGGCAUAAUGGUGGAGGAGCAAAAGAAGGCAGGGGUUCUACCCCCUCGAAAGCAGCGGCUCUCGAUGCCUACGGUUCUAGCGUUCUUGCUAUUGACUAGGUUUGCACAUUUCUUGUAUCAGAAUGUCAGGUGAGAUCGGGAGUAGUCAGAGUGCAUGCGCACCUUGGAGAAAAUCUGAAAAAUCUGUAUCUCUAGACUUUGCAUUCAUUGAGCCGUGGCUGAAAGAAAAUGUUCUUUUAUAGCUAAGUCAAGAACAUGGCGUUUGCUCUGUUCUUUUCUUUUUUUUUUUUUUUUUUUUUUUUUUUUCCCGCUUGGUAG